AGAGAUAAUUUUCGUUUAACGUUUCCUCCAUCUCAGUCGGGUUAAACGCAUUUUAGAACCUACCUUGCGUCGCAUAAGGGAAGAGCUGGUCAAAACAGUUGAAUCAUUCAGCUAAUGCGAACAGCCCCUGCCCGGAAAGCUAAUUUCAGGCGCCUGGCUAACCCUUGUCAGGGAAAUACCACAGGAGACAAGUGUUUGUCGACUCAUGUUUUUAGCUAUUUUUCUUAAGUUAUCGUUUUGUCACUAGAAGACGCAGCAAGUGGAGGUGAAUUUACUAUAAUACAGAUAGAAGAUGGAGGGUGACAAUUGCACUUUUCCUUCAGAUCUGUCAGAUGAUCAUUCGCAAAGAGGAAGCGUUGCUUCUUCUGCAACCCUUUCCCGCGCUCAGGAUGUGUUGGUGUAUGUGUUUGGUGAGAGCGCGGUACAUUUAACUUUGGAAGGGCUAGGCAGCAUCUCCGUGCAGGAGUUGGGCCGCAGCGUUCGGGAGACUCUGCAGAUUCCCGAUUCCGCACAGGAUGCAUUUGCCUUUUGGCUCUGCUCUCCGCUGCUCGAGCUGCAGCUAAAGGCGAGGCAUCAGCCUUACAAACUGUGCCGGCAGUGGCCGGAUUUGCUCUAUCGAUUCACUGAAGCGUCAGAAGACGACAUUUUACAAGACGAGCCGUAUCUGCAGUACAGACGAAAUGUGUUUUACCCCAAAUCUAAAGAGCUGCAGAUCGAAGAUGAAGGGGUGUUGAGACUUCUUUUUGAGGAGGCCAGGAGCAACAUCCUCACUGGCCGAUACCCCUGUGACCCCGAGCACUGGGCGGGGCUUGGAGCCUUGACCCUCGCUCUUGAAGAGGGCGCUGGACUCGACAGCCAGCAAAGCACAGCUAAAAUUAGGGAAAAGAAGUUGUCUUCCUUCGUGCCGGCUCACGUUGCCGUGGGAAGCGGUGGUUUUUUCUCCACCCUGCGGGGGAAAUCGAGCCGCCAGGCAGAGCUGGAGCAGAAGCUCUCUGAGGAGUACAGAAAGAUCAACACAUCCAGAGCGACUGCUCCUGAGCAGCGGGAGCUCCUGCACCAGUACCUCAGCAUGUGUCACACUCUGCCUUAUUAUGGGUGCGCUUUUUUCUGUGGGGAGAUUGACAAACCUGUGCAAGGCAUCCUCCAGCGGGGGAAACGCAAAGCUGUCAGCGUUGGGAUCUGCCUGGAUGGAGUUUAUGUGAUGGAUGUAAAGGAGAAGCAUGUGCUGCUCGGCUUACGUUUCAGCGAGCUUUCAUGGGACCACAGUUACCCCGAAGAGGAGGGGGACUCGCACAUCCUGUGGCUGGAGUUUGACGGAGAGGAAGAUGGCACUCCUGUAAACAAGCUGCUGAAGAUCUAUUCAAAACAAGCCGAGUUAAUGAGCGGCUUCAUCGAGUUCUGUGUGGAGCUGAAGACUGCAACAGAAGGGGGCGCAGCAGCCGAGACUGGUAUUGAGGCAGGCGUCUCUCAGGAGCCCGCAGGACAAGAAUCCAGCACCAGGAACGGCCGCGGAGGAAGGCGCGGGAUGCUGCAGAGGCAGGGCAGCGUGGUGUGCAGCCGGGUCCACUCCCUGAACACCAUCAGCUACGUGGAUAAUGGUAAAGAAAUCAAGCGCUUGAAGCCAAAAAGAGCUGCCUCAUUCUUUGCUCGACAAGCCCCAGUGGCCACCUACUCUGCUGUGCAAACAGAGAGCCUGGAGCAGGGCUAAACGUCUCUGCAUCGCUCCCUCAGUGACCAAACCUGAACAUUUUCACACUGAGAUUCAAACGUGGAAAAUGAAACUUGCAUACAAAGGACUCAAGGUUUUUUUUUUUAAACACUCUCUGAGCAAACUAAGGACCAAGUAAGCGGUAUCUAUGUGUGAGUAUAUCUACCUUUGAAUUUGUGUACACUAAAAAGUUUAUUAAGGCGAGAAACAAGAUCUUUCUUCAAACUAAACCUGCAAAGAUUGAACUGAAUUUGCUGCAAGGCAGAAGUCCUUCCACUUCCUUCAAACCCUCUUCAAUGGAGACGAGCCCCAAGGAAACUAAGAAUAUGUUUCUGAGCUUUUCUGCAGAGUGCAACACCUCAAAGGAGCAUAAACUACCACAGUACCUCUUUCUUUUUUUAGCUUACGUCAAGAAUGUUGCAUUUUGUCCUGAUGAACAUCGGUGUUACAGCUUCCCCUCAGUCAGCAUGACAAACACUUUUGAGGCGGGGGCGGUUCUAGGUUCUAAUGACACCCUUCUGUUGUUUUUUUUUUUCACACUACCAGUGCAUUUUUCUCAUGAUCAAGGCGGAGGUCAAGUAAGAGAAGUACUGGUAGAAACAUAAAGGGUUAUUUGUUAUGGCAGCACAUUUUCUGUGCUGCGGAGGUUUCUUGUGAGUACAUUUAUAUUUCAUAUCAUUUGUUAGUUUUAUACGCCUAUUUGCUCAUAUUUUACUCAAAGACUUGUAAUAAAAUCAAGUGCUAAAUACUUUAGUAAAAAGACAGCUAACAGUACGGUGCUGUGCCUUACAAAAGCAUCCUCACCCAGUCAUCUUUUUUACUUAUUUUGCACAUUUCAAACAAAAACUUAACUGUAUUUAAUUAGUCGCUUACGUAAUAGGCCAACAUAAAGUAUUUGAUAACUGUAAAGUGGUGUUUGUCGGCAUGCGUCUACCAGAUUCUGCACAUCUUCUGUAGAAUAAGACGUUUUUGCUGUGACUUCAGUUUAGCAGCUGAACCAGCCUGGAUGAAUGGCAUGUGGGAACAGAAAUGUAAGUUUUUCCAAACCUUCUCAAUUCGAUUUAGAUCCAGAUUUUACCUACUUUUUUUUAACAUAUAAGUAUGCUUUAAUAUAAAUUCUUACUCGUGUCUCUGGCUGUAUAUUUGUGGUCAACACCAACUUUCUAAUCAGUUUCCAGUCUUCUGCAGCCUCUAAAAGCUUUUCCUCAUGUUUAUCCAGCUUCCUUUCUCCACCAUAACAAAUGCAUGAUGCUGCCACCAUCAUGUUUAACUGUUGUGUCCAGGAACAGUGUUAGAUUUUAGUUCCUAUGUGUCCUUUAUCUAACACCUCACAAGUGUGCUCUAGUUUUCUUUCUGUCACACCAAAUCCCAUUAAAAAACUCUGACAUUUGUGUUUUAAUGUGAUCAAAUGUAAAACAUUGGAUGGAGUAUGCUUUUGAAAGGCCAUGCAUCUCUGUUUAGUUGGAGAGAACGUUUGAAGAUAAAUCUUUGGUAUUAUUUAUUUGGUCUGUCCUGACAGGCAAAACGAAAGUAAAAAUCCUGCAAGUUUAUACCUGUGCCUCUUGUAAAAUGUCAACUCAUUUAACCUGAUUAAACUUUCUUAUGGUAAAGAUUGAUUAGAUUUAAAGGGAGAUUAAGCAAUAGCAAACUAAGAGAACUUUUUCAGCUUUACAAAAAAAAUUUCUACAUUCCAUCCUUUAGUGCUGUCCAUCAGUGAGGCACUGGUGGAUUUAGAUAAUGUAAUAUUGAAAAACGUCUGCAGAUUUUUUUUUAUAUAAGAAAGCAUCUCUAACUUCUGUGUAAAUGGUGCAUAAGACUGUACUGUAUAUAUGUCUUUUCACAUCAAACCAAAUCUGCCUG